ACAGGCUUUGCCACUCUGUGCCUGCCGCCGUGCCGUUCACUUCGGAUUCAGGUCGGACACCCCGUCUUAACCUUUCGCCACCUCGCCGCUUUUCGUUCCUCCGCACAGCCAUGAGGACCGCCGCCGCUGCCAUGGUGAUGUCGUGCCUGAUGAUGAUGUUGCAGGCAGACGUGAAGCCGCAGAGAGACUUCAGCCUGCAGAGGUUUGCAGGGAAAUGGUACCGCGUGGGCUUCGCCUAUGACGCCCCAGGAUUCGCCCCCUACAGAGACAAAGUGAAGGUCUCAAUGGGCAUCAUCACUCCGCUGCCAAGCGGCAACGCUAACCUCACAAUGUGGGACGCCACGCCUCUGGGGUGUUUGAGCCAAGUGUACCAGUACGAGAAGACCAGCGUACCUGGACAGUUCACCUACUUCAGCACGCGCCAUAACAUGGUGAAGGACAUCACAGUUGUGGACACCAACUACACUGAAUACGCUUUUGUUCUCAAGCACAGGGUGUUCAACAGAGAGUUCACACAGGUGGCUCUUUAUGGUCGCACUCGGAGACUCAAGAACGAUGUGAUUCAGAGGUUUACUGCCUACGCUUUGUCCCACGGUUUCCCCAGAGAGUCCAUUGUGCUUCCACCUCCAGCAGAAAAUUGCCCUCCAUCAGGAACCAGACGUUAGGUUUCCCACCGCUCCUGAUAUGAAGGCGUGUAUUCUGACGUGGUGCUCCAGCUCGUCUAGAUCGAACUGUCUUCCAGCCAACAUAAUUCUUCUUAUAUGUAGCUGAUGGAGUUUAUAUUUCAGCCUCUUGAUUUUACAUAUUUGCCACCUUUAGUAGCAUCAGUAAUUAUAAUCUUAGUUAGCAUAUGUUUACUUUUGGUUCAUUAUUCGCUUUCUUUUUUUAUGAUUUUACUCUUAUGUAGUGUUUCUGCACAAUGCUAUUCCUGAAGUAAAACAUCUUAGCAGCUCUUCCACCGUAAAAUAAUCAGUUAUGUUGUUUCUUUGUGUACUUAAAUAAAUAUCCAACCUGAGACCAAG